ACUCCAAGUUCAAGCAAUUUAAAGCUUCAAACUCGAUUUCUCCCUUCAUCAAAUACCUUCUCCAGCCCUUAGUUCCCUCCUGGCAAAAAGCCCUAUUUAAAAUCCUAUAGUCUAAACAACAUAAAGCAAAACUUUAUUUGCUUAGAAAAAUUGUUUUCUAAUUUGUCAUAGUAUAUACCAAGUAAAAAAUUGUAGGGAUGGAUAAGAUAUUGCUAGUGACCUCAGAAAAUGGAGUGGUGAUCUUUAGCAAGACUACUUGUUGUUUAAGCUAUGCUGUGAACAUCCUCUUAAAUGAACUUAGGGCAGACCCUGUGGUUUAUGAGAUCGAUCAAGAUCCCGAGGGUAGGGAGAUUGAGAAGGCUUUGUUAAGGAUGGGGUGCAAGAUUCCCACAGUGCCAGCAGUGUUUAUAAAUGGAAAGCUUGUAGGUUCUACCAAUGAAGUCAUGUCCCUCCACCUAAGCGGUUCUCUCACUCCUAUGUUGAAGCCAUAUCAGUCUCAAGUAUAUCACAACUCGUAAAAUUUACUCUAUCUAGAUGGAGAAUAAGCUUGGCUAGGCAAUUCAGUAGUUGUCUUGUACCUUGUGUUUGCAUGUUUUAAUUUAGCAAGGAGUGUGUUUGCCUAGUGAAGAAAUGUAAACAGAAGAUUGUGUAGCUCAUUUGAUUUCCUUAAUGAAUUUGGAUUUACGUA